AUGAACGCCUCAUCAGAUACGAUGACGGCCAACCCCCAGGCGCUUGAGGUGCUCCAAGGCUUUCCUGGGACCAAGCUGGAGCAACUAUACCGGCAACCAUCCACAGCGUUAGCUGUCUUCCGGCGCAUGCUGCCACAUCUGGCGAAAACGAUUGUCAUGGCGAUGCUCUACAUGCCAAACCCUUUCCUAGCCUCCGACCUCGAUGCCUGGAUCCGCCCAGACGCCGUCGCCGAGAAAGAGCAGGCGCUGCUUGUUUUGACGAGCUUGCACAUCAUGUCGACCUCGCUGCAAGCCCAGGGGCCCCGCGCAUACAUCCUCGGGAAGGCCUUUGCAAAAUCCCUGCGACAGGCCCUGACUGGCAGCGGAGAGCACAAGUCGUUCGGCGUGCCUUGCAGGCCCCCUGGGAACGACGUUGUUGAUGUCAAGACCCUCGAUGACCAUGCCAGGAGACAGUGGGAAGACAUACUUUAUUACAUGGUUGGCAGCACCACCGUUGGGGUGGAAGGGCAAUCGCAUAUCAGCGACGCCACAAAGUCGCUGCUCGAACUCGGCAAUUUUGUCGAUAAAAGAGGCCGCAUCACACAAACUGGCUUUACCUUUCUCUUGCAGGAGGUGAAUGCGCAGGUAUGGAGCCUUCUGAUCGUUUAUCUGAAUCGAGCUCCAGAAUUGCUCAAGAUGGACAGCGUAGACAUCCUCUCCUUCAUCUUCAUGCUCGGCAGCCUCGAGCUGGGCCAAGGCUACUCAACCGCGAACCUCUCCUCGACCCAGAAGCAAAUGCUCGACGACCUCGGCGACUUCGGCAUAAUCUACCGACCCUCCCUCAAGACCCCCAUCUUCUACCCAACCCGUCUCGCCACGACCCUAACCUCCGACGCCUCCGCCCUGCACAGCAGCGCCGCGGCGCCGACCCCCACCUUCGACACCGGCCUCGCCGGCGGCUCCGGCGCCGCGAGCAAGGGCUACAUCAUCGUGGAGACCAACUACCGCCUCUACGCCUAUACGGAAAGCAUGCUGCAGAUCAGCGUGCUGGCCCUCUUCACGCGGCUGACGAUGCUCUUCCCGAACAUGGUCACGGGCCGUCUAACCAAAACCUCGGUCCAGCGCGCCAUCGCGCAGGGCAUCACGGCCGACCAGAUAAUCUCGUAUCUGGCCGCGCACGCGCAUCCGCAGAUGCUGAAGAGCACGCCCGUCCUGCCGCCCACGGUCGUCGAUCAGAUCCGGCUGUGGCAGAUUGAGGGCGAUAGGAUGACGACGACGAGCGGGUACAUGAUGAUUGAGUUUGCGACCGAGGCCGAGUAUCGCGAUACGGUCGAGUAUGCCGAGACGGUCGGGCUGCUGGUUUGGAAGAGUGAUGCGAAGAGGUGCUUUUUUGUUAAUCGGAUCGAGCAGAUUAGGAGCUUUAUGUCUAACAGGAGGGCGGCGCGGGCGUAA